AUGGACGCUGGAGAUUCUGAUAUUGAAAGUCAUGACAAUGAUCAAUUACUAGGAGAUGGGUAUAGUAAAUCCGAUGAGAAAAGAAGACUGUUUAAAACGGCCGAUUCAUCCGAACAAUUCCAUUCGGAUAGCCGUUUCACACGCAAUAAACGUUGUUUUAUCUUUGGUGCAAUAUUAGCUGGUGUUGUCAUCUUAGCCAUUUUGAUCGGGAUCAUUGCAAAAUCGAAAGCACAAAUCAACGGUUGUAAUCAAUUGAGUAGUUCAACCCACGGCAAUGAUGAUAGCUCUCAAUUCAAUAACAUUAGCGUUGACGGGAAAAAAUUCCCCUAUACGGCAUCUCGUCUACCAUUGCAUUUACAGCCUAUUCAAUAUCAACUUUUAUUAGUACCAAAUAUCCAAGCCAUGAAUUAUAGCGGCCAGGUAUCGAUUAUUAUCAGAGUAAAACAUCCCGUCGACUACAUCGUUCUACACCAACGACAAUUAUACAUAGGUACUAUUCACCUUGUUCACACCAGAGAUCCAUCAAGAAAAUUGAAGGUAGUCCAAGUAUUAAAAAAUACCUAUAACGAGUAUUUGUAUAUUAAAGUUAACGAAACCAUGGCAAGGUACAAGUUCUACACUUUGAAAAUUCUAUUCAGCGGUCAGAUAGCUACCAAUAAAUUGAUUGGAGUCUAUAGAAGCAUAUAUACUACAGCGAACGGUGAUAAAAGAGUAACGAUAUCAACCGAUUUUGAACCUGCCGAUGCUAGAUCAGCCUUUCCUUGUUUCGAUGAACCAACUUUUAAAUCUCAUUUCAAAAUAAGUAUAAUACGGCCUCUUGUUGAUAAAUGGGUAGCACUGUCAAAUAUGCCUAUAGAAUCAAUUACCAAUCUGCAGAAUGGUUAUGCUCAAAUUAACUUUGCCAAUUCAACUUACAUGAGCACCUAUCUAGUUGCUUUCAUCCUAUGCCAGUUUGAUUCACUAACAACGAAUACUUCCAAUGGCAUUAUGGUACGCACAUGGUCGGUACCUCGCCAAAUAAGCAAAACGCAGUAUGCCCUAAAUGUAGCUAGAGAAGUUCUAAUGUUUUAUGAAGAUUAUUUUGGUAUAGAUUACCCAUUACCGAAAUUAGAUAUAGUUGGGGUACCAUUUUUUUCAUCCUCAGCUAUGGAAAAUUGGGGUUUACUCUUCUUUAAAGAAACCUCUUUGUUAUAUGAUAAUACAACUGCCUCUACGUUAGACCGCCAGGCAAUCUCAACGACAGUUUGUCAUGAAAUCGCUCAUCAGUGGUUCGGCAAUUUAGUUACGCUAACUUGGUGGAAUAAUUUAUGGUUAAAUGAAGGAUUUGCUUCCUAUAUGGAAAAUAUUGGAGCUAGCUACACAAAUCCCGAGUUUCAGAUGAUGCGUCAAUUCCCAAUGACAUCUACAAGUCGCGCAAUGAGAGUAGAUGGCUACAAAAGUGCUAAACCAAUUUCAGUUCAAGUUACUACUGUUCGCCAAAUUGGAACUAUGUUUAAUGCAAUAUCUUAUGACAAGGGAGCCGCGCUAUUGCAUAUGCUUCAUACAGAAUUGGGAGAUUUAGCAUUUCGUAAAGGGAUACAGAUAUAUCUUAACAAGCACAAAUUUUCGAACGCUGACGAUAGCGAUUUAUGGAAAGCGUUUAGAAAGGUAUCUCUAAUUAUUAAAAUUUAUAAAAAACAAGGAUUUUGUACUUCUGCGAACUACAGUACUGUAAACAUUCAAUUUCUGCAUGGCCAAUACGACGUUGAGGGAUUGAUGAAUACUUGGACAAAGCAGUCCCAUUUUCCAGUUAUUACGAUACAAAAAUUAACGCAAGGCAAGUUAGGCAUCACGCAGCAAUUAUAUAAAUGGUAUGUUCCUGUCUCAGUUAAAACGUCCAACGGAGAAACUUAUAGACAUUUACUAAAAAUGGAUAAUGGUACAAUACCCACCACCGCAGACUUUAGAUGGAUUAAGGGUAACUUGAAUCAAAGUGGCUAUUACAGAGUUAACUAUGAUGCUCAAAAUUGGAGGGAAUUGGAGAAACAGCUCAGCCAAAAACAUACGGAACUAAACGAGCUCGAUCGGUUUGGAUUAUUAGAUGACUCUCUUGCUUUAUCAAAGACUGGAUUAUUAGCUGCAAGAACGUUUCUUUCACUUACAUGGUACAUGGACAAAGAAAGAAACUAUUUACCUGUUAAAGCCGCUUUGGAUGGUAUAUUUUAUAUACAUUCUCUGCUAACCGCGGAAGCAGACAGAAAAAACGCAGAGGUGCAGAUUUCAUUAGACAAAUAUUUACUGAACAAAGUAAAGCCUAUCUAUGAAUAUCUCGGUUGGCUCGAUGAUGGACCACCUUUCAGACAAUACCUACGAACCGUAGUGAUAGGUGCCUUGUGCAGCAUUAACUACCCGGACGUGGUAGAUAGAAGUAAAGCUCUCUUUAAGGACUGGCUUACUAAUCCAAAUAUAGUACCAGCAAAUUUGGAAAAUGUAGUUCUUGACUGUGCAAUUAUGAAUGGUGAUGAAAAUGAUUGGAACAAAAUGUUCACCAAAUACAUUCAAUCUCAAAAUCCCAUUGACAAGGCAAAAUAUUUAGCAACUCUUGGCGUAAUCCGAGAUCGAAAACUUUUGUAUCAAUUACUAGAUUCUUCUAUGAAGGAAGACAUCAUAGGUCUCGGCGAUACCGUUAAUGUCAUCACCUCAGUUGCUAAUAACCCAUUGGGCAAAUCUAUGGCAUGGCAGUUUACAGUGCGGCAUUGGAAAGACUUAAUGUCUAGGUACGUUAAAAUGCUAAGGUAUAAUUAUUUAGCAACUUGA